AUGGCUCCUCGCAUCCUUGAGCGCAAUGCGGCUGACAAGGCCAGCGCCAUGUCAUUCAGGCAGCGUAUGGCCCUGUUCACGCCUGCCGUAGCUUUUGUCACCAUAUACACGAGCGCUGCCAUGUUCAAUUUUGGCUACGAUGUUGGCGUUUUCAGUGGUCUUCAGGCCAUGGGCCCAUUCAAGAAAAGAUUCGGAAAGUGCGACGCAGAUGGCACUUGCAGUAUACCGUCCUACCUCUCUUCGGUCAUGAACUCGACGCCGUAUCUUGGAAAGCUCCUUGGAACUUGGGUCGCCGCUCCUUUGGCUGAGCGGUUCGGCAGAAAGAAGAGUUUACUCUUCAUCGCCGUUUGCUCAAUCAUUGGCACGGUACUACAGAUUGCUGCCACCACUGCAGCGCAAUUUACAGUUGGGCGCAUAACAUGCUACUUUAUGACCGGCAUAUGCAUGUUGAUGAUCCCAUCAUACCUCGCUGAGACUGCGCCACAAGAGCUACGCGGGCUCAUUGGAGGCCAGGUCCAAAUCCAGAUCAUGUUCUCCCAGGUCAUCGCUAAUCUCAUCAACUAUGGGACCAAGCAGUUGGACACUGAUGCUUGCUGGAUGAUACCCCUCGCCAUCCAAUUCGUGAUGCCUUCUAUCCUCAUAGCAGCGUAUCCCUUCCUGGUCGAAUCUCCAAGAUGGCUCAUAAGCCGUGGCAAUACGGAGGCCGCAUCCGCCGCACUGCGCAAGCUCCGCAAGAACACCGAUCCGCAGACCCUUGCCGAGGAACUGAGCGUCAUGCUCUACGCGCGAACCAACGAGGGCAAAGGCGGCUGGACCGAAGUCUUCACAGGCACGAACAAGCGCCGCGCCGGCAUCGCCAUCCUCGGCAUGCUCGCCCAGCAGCUCUCGGGCCAGAUCUUCACCUCGCAAUACGGCGUGCUCUUCUACCAACAACAAGGCUACACCAACUCGUUCGCGCUGGGCAUCUGCUACACGACGCUCCAAUUCGUCACCGCGCUGACCACCUCGCUCAUCGUCGACCGGGUGGGCCGACGUCCGCUCCUCCUCCUCGGUGGCCUCGCGCAAGCCACCUUCCUCUACCUCGUCGGCGGGCUCGGCACGAUCUCACGACCGAACCGGGCGGAAAAAGACGCGCUCGUGGCGGGGCUGAUGCUGUUCGGCGUGAGCUUCGGGCUGACGUGGGCGCCGCUCAGCUACAUCACCAUGGCGGAGGCGCCGGCGCGGCGCGUGGCGGAGAAGACGGCCAUGCUCGCCAACUCCGUGUCCAUCGCGUGCGCCUUCGCCAUCAGCUUCUCCGUGCCCUACCUCGUCAACGCCGACUACGCCGGCCUCGGCGCCCGCGUCGGCUUCCUGUACGGCAGCACCGCCGUCGCCGUCACCGCCCUGUGCUGGCUGUUCGUGCCCGAGAUGAAGGGCCGCAGCCUGGAGGAGCUGGACGCGCUGUUUGAGUUGGGGACGGCCACGAGGGCGUUUGGGAGCGCGGUCGUGCGCGUGGCUGGUGGUGGUGGUGGUGGUGGACGAGGAGAGGGCGAGGACGGUGAUGGGUUGGAAGUGGGCGCGGGGUCGGGGAAGGCGGGCAAGCUUGUUGUGGAGCAGGUGGAGAGGGCGUAA